ACACAACUUGAACCCUGCCAUGUUUGAGCGAUGACCCAACAUGCUCAUAGCUCACAUACUCACCUGCUGUCUUUGCAAAUGGUGCAUCUCACUCGGGUUAGGGCUCUUGACAGCUGUAGCACAGACAAAAGCCUUCUCUUUGCUAAGGCAAAACUUGUCUUUAGAUGAGCUGUGCUGACCAGGAGCUACCUGUGUCCAUUCUACAUCCAAACUCUUAGCUUGUUCCCCACCAACGAUCCCACACGUGUUACAUUUUACACCCUUUAUCCCCAUUUACAGCCCCUUCCUCGUUACUUACAGGAUUCCACCCACUACUGUACUUUCAUUUACCCUUCCUUAAACCCACAGAUUACUCUCAUAUCCCACCUCACUGUUGACAGUCUCCAUGCACCACCACUGGCACGACUGACACAACCUACACAACCCAAUGCUGAAAUGAUGCAUACUGGAGUCCUCAAGAUAUUUCAAGUAAAAAUGGAAAGCUGGAUACGGAAAGAACAAACUGAUGCCCCAGGGGACUUCGGCCGCUACACUGGGGAAUCAGAACUGAGAAUCAUCCUUGUAGGUAAAACCGGAGCUGGGAAAAGUGCAACAGGAAACACCAUCCUUGGCAAGAAAGUGUUUGAGUCCAAACUCUCAGCAAAGUCUGUAACUGCAAAAUGCAGUAAGGAGACAAGCAUCUGGAAUGAGAGGAAUGUGAUGGUGGUUGAUACUCCUGGCAUUUUUGACACACAUGUACCAGUGGAUGAAACUUGUCGGGAGAUCAGUCGCUGUAUUGUAGCCUCCUCCCCAGGGCCCCAUGCUAUCAUUCUAGUGGUGCCACUGAGCCGUUACACUGCGGAGGAAAAAAAAGCAGUCAAACGAAUACAAGAUAUUUUUGGAGCUGAGUCCAUGAGGUACAUGAUCCUGUUAUUCACUCGGAAAGACGAUUUAGAGGAUACCGAAUUAGAAGAUUUCAUAAAAGGCUCUGAUGCCCAAGGCCUUCGUGAGCUGGUAGGAAAAUUUGGAAAACGAUAUUGUGCUUUCAACAACAGAGCAACUGGAGAAGAACGGGAUGCCCAGGUGAAUGAGCUGCUGGGGAUGGUAGAUAAGAUUGUGCAGGAGAACAGAGGCACAUGUUACACGAAUGAGAUGUAUAACUAUGCUGAGAAAAAGCUUCAAGAGAAAACAGAGGAGCUAAAGAAAUACUAUGCAGAGCAGUUGGAAAGAGAGAGAGAGAAAAUAAAACGUGAUUAUGAGGAGCAAAUAAAACAACUCAAGGAAGAAUUAAAAAGAAGGGAUGAAGCACAAAAUCCUCCUUAUCAAGAUGAAAAGGAGAAGAUAAUGUGGCACAAAGAAGUAGCAGAAAAGGAGAUGGUUUUGCAACAACAAAAAUUGAGACUUUUAGGAGAAAAAGAGAGAGAUUAUGCUAAAAAACAAGCAGGAGCCAGGGAAGAAGCUGAAAGUGAUAUAAUAUGGGAAAUGAUUUUGGGUGCUUUUACACUUGCUUUUGAAGUAAUUAAGGGUUGGUUUAAUGAUGACUGAGCUACAUUUAACUUCUCAAGCCUGUUAUAUAAAAGUCGCAAAUGAAGUUUCACUGCUUGUUAAACCUACGGACCCCAACGUUCCGCAUUUUAAGACCAAAUUAAUCCCUGGUGUAGCUCCACUGAAGCCAGUAGAGCUACACAAGGAAUUCAGUGGGCCCUUAAUUGCUAAAAUACCUUCCCACUUGUGCUAGUGAAUCUGUUGCAUGCUUUGAUAAUCUAUUCCAAGGGCUAAUUGCUAUCACUGUUAUAAUGCAUGAAUUCAAUGUGUGCAAUAUAAUUACAUGACUUAGUAUAAACAUAAACAAUAUACAUAAAUGAUAAAGGCAUAUAUAUUGCCAUGUACGCAUCUGCUAUGCAGCUAUGCACUGCUGGGCCCCUGCUCCAGGAACACUUCAGGAAGCUAAUAAAGAAAUAUUUGACUUAUGUUCUUAUGACUUGUAGAUUCCUUGGUAGAUAAACAGAAAAUUUGGGAAAUAGAAACAGGAGACCCGAUCUGAGAAUCAUACAGGUGAAGAACAGCAUGGAAAGGAAUUACCACCCUGUUUUUGUACAUUAGUUUCUAAUCACGAAGGAGAAAGAGGAAGAGGUAUUUGAAUAGAAAGGAAAAGACACUGUGAGUUUAGUUAUAACCUUUACAAGAUUCCAAGAAUGAGAAUUUGUGCUGGGAAAAACUAUAAACAUGUAAACCACUAUUCCAAGGUGAGCAAAUAUUUGCUUCGACCAGAACCUAAUGCAAGUCCCGCGUGGAAUAAAUAUAGACGCCUGCUUACCAGAAAGGGACUUAAUCCAAGUGUGUGGUACAUCCUUAGUAUGAUGGGAGAAAGAGUUUCUUCCCUACUCCACAUGACCUGAAGGAGCUUUUUGGCAGCCCAUCCAGCAUGAGAGGCUCAGAAUGAGGCUAUGUCUAUAUUAUGAGCUGGGGUGUGAUUCCCAGCUUGUGUAGACAUACUCAUGCUAGCUCCCCUUCAGCUAGCACACUAAAAAUAGUACUGUAGCCAUGACAGCAGGAGCAGUGGCAUACGCUAGCCUCACUGAGUAUAAACCUCCCUGAACCCUGAGGGGGGGGGGAGCAGAGUGCACUCAGGGUGGCUAGACUGUGCCACCGCUGCCCAUGCAAUCGUGACUAUUUUUAGCACACUAGCUGCAUGCGAGAUAAUAUGAGUCUGACUGUGCAAACUGGGAAUCACACCCCUAGCUCCACAGGGUAGACAUAGCCUGUCAUAAACAGAUAGUUAAGGGUUAAUGUCUCUUUUACCUGUAAAAGCAGCAAAGAA